AUGAAGGGAAUCCUGGAAAGGAGAUCUGGAGAUCCGGUUAGUCCACAUGGAGUGGAGGGUUCCCUUUCCCUGGAGCAGUGGGAAGCCCAGUGGAAGGAAUUCCUCAGGACAGUAGAGAGCUCUCACUCUCCAUGGGGAAUCCCCUCCUUGCCAGAGAAACCUUCACCUUGGAAAGAUGCCAAGGCCUUCCUGGCCUCCUUCGAACAAGUGGCUGAAGCCUGUCAGUGGCCCCAGGAAGAGUGGGCGACCCAACUCCUGCCAGCCCUCAGUGGCAAAGCCGAGAAGGCCUUUAACAGUUUGGAUGUCCCUGACAGAGAGAAUUAUGGGAAAGUGAAGGCAGCCAUCUUGCGAGAGGAUGCCCUGAUCCAGGAGAAGCAGCGUCAGCAGUUCAGGAGUUUUUGCUACCAGGAGGCCGAGGGGCCACGAGGGGCUUACAGACGACUGCGGGAAAUGUGCAGUGGGUGGCUGAGAGUGGAGAAUCACAGCAAGGAGCAGAUCCUGGAGCUCUUGGUCCUGGAGCAGCUGCUGAACGUCCUGCCCUCGGAGAUCCGGAGUCGAGUGAGGGAGAGCAGACCCGAUAGCUGCUCUCAGGCGGUGGCCCUGGCUGAGGAGUUCCUCUUAAGGCAGGAGAAGCAGGCGCCCUUGGAGGAGAUGGCUGGGACUGUCUUCAGGGCGGGCCAGGAUCUGUCUGAAAGUGAGCAGAGGCAUCCCACGAUGGCCAUCAAAGAAGAAGAGGGCGGAGAGGCCGGCCCACUGGGGAGAAGUUCCGUGUGGAAGAGGAUAACGUAUUCUAGUCCUGUAGCACCAGUGCUGAGUGAUCAUUCGGGCCAAGAAAUGGAGAAAGAGACUCCCAGAGUUUCCAAAUUAGGGGAAGUAUCAGAGGGGAGUGGAGAAGCCCCUCAUUUCUUACAGGCUGCACCGUUGGAGGAGGAAGCUGGGAAUGUCUCCAAAGCCGGCCAGGAUCUGUCUGAAAGUGAGCAGAGGCAUCCCUUGAUGGACAUCAAACAAGAAGACGAUGGAGAGGCUUGUCCACUUGAAGCUGAAAGCCAACUCAUGCCCCUUGUCACAGAAUUGCCUGGAUUUUAUGAUUCAGAAGAGAAGCCGUUUAUCUGCUCGGGGGGCGAAAAGAGUUUCUCUGAUGGAAAUAAGGCUAAUGUACAUUUUCCAAAGCAUAGCAGUAUGAAGGCAUCUAAAUGCUUUCAGUGUGGAAAGUACUUCAGAUACAAAUCUCAACUCCUUGCACACCAAAGAACCCAUGCAGGUGAGAACCUUUUCGAAUGUUCACAGUGUGGAAAGAGAUUCAAUCAAAGUGGCAGUCUUCAGUGGCAUCAAAGAAUCCACACGGGGGAUAAACCUUUUGAAUGCUUGGAUUGCGGAAAGAGAUUCCGUCAGAGUUGCAAUCUUCAGCAGCAUCAAAGAAUCCACACAGGGGAGAAACCUUUUGAAUGCUUGGAUUGCGGAAAGAGAUUCCGUCAGAGUUGCAAUCUUCAGCAGCAUCAAAGAAUCCACACAGGGGAGAAACCUUUUGAAUGCUUGGAUUGCGGAAAGAGAUUCCGUCAGAGUUGCAAUCUUCAGCAGCAUCAAAGAAUCCACACAGGGGAGAAACCUUUUGAAUGCUCAGAAUGUGGAAAGAAAUUCACCUGGAGAGUCUGUUUACAGAAGCAUCAAAGAGUCCACACUGGAGAGAAUAACGUCAACAGCAUCAAGUAACCCUCACAGGGCAGAAACCUUUGGGAUACUCAAAGUGUGCAAAGAGCUUCAGUCAGUGUAGCCAUCUUCAACGGUGUCAAAGAAUCCACACGAGGAGAAACGUUAUGGCUGCUAAGCCUGUGACAAGAGUCCACACAAAGUAAAACAAUAAAAACUAUUGGAAAGAGAUUAUAUCUGCACAGAAACCUUACUUAUAGCCAUAGAAACAAGCAAGAUUCAUACAGGAGACAUAGUAUAAGUGCUGGGAUUGUGGGAAGAGCUUUAGUUGUGAUUAAAGCCUCAAACAGAUCUCAAAGGGAAGAAAGCAAAGAUGUACUCUGAGGGUGGAAGGAGAUUCCAGACCAACUCCGCCCUCCUUAAGCACUGAGUAAUCCACCUGAGAGAAGCCUCAAAUGCUCAGUAUGUGGAAGAACUUGAGGAAGAGAUCAGGCCCCCAUGUUCCUCACAGAAUCCACACAGGGGUAAAACUUUCCGCUUGAACUGCCCUAGAUUUGUUCUGUGAAGACUCCUUUUGGAUUGUCCAGAUGCGGUGGGCUCAGGCGGCUGUCAGAUUUUCAGGGUCUCUCUAGUGGGAUUAAUUCAGAUUUAAAGAAAAACUUGGUAUAUUCAAAGGGUGCCCCCAACAACAUAACAGUAUCCUAGAACUGGAAGAGUAUCCUUGGCAUUGUAAGUGAAUGUUUUGAAAUGUGAAUCCCCCUUGAGUCUCACAGAUCAGGGUCAGGAGGGAGAAGUCAAGUGCCCUUUUCUGUGUUUUGUGGGGGGUUUUACAGACUGGUGAUGAGGAAAUGUUUAAAAAAUUAGUCCAUUGCAAGGGUGUUAUGUGUUUUCUAAAAUGGUCUGUAAAAGUGUAGAAAGAAAUCCUCUUGCUUCAGCCAGGCCU